AUGGCGGCGGGGGCGGUGGCGGUGUCUUGUGGUGUUUCCGUCGGCGGUGAUGCCGGGCGGAAAUGCGAGAAGCUCAGCGCCGGCGGGCGGUGGAGGUGCAAUUUGGCGGCCGUGAGCGGGAAGACCCUUUGCGAGGAGCACUAUUUGUCGGCUCGCGGGGUUGGGAGAGCGGAACGAUCGGAGGAAAUUGAAAAUGGGGAAGAUGGCGGAGGCGAGUUUUUGUCUGACGGCGGCCGUGAGUGGAAGCGCGGCGAGGAUGUGGAAAUUUGCGCCUUGGAUUCCAAUGGAGGUCGUGGGGGCGCGAAGAAGAGAGGCAGGACGGCAAAGGGUUUGAACAACAAUGGGAAAAUGGUACUUGCAGCUGGGGAAAACGAUGCUCCGGUCAGGAUAGAGAGGAGGGGCAGGCCGAAAGGUUCGAAAAAUAAGCCGAAAAUUUUGCUUGUUGAAAAAAAAGAUGGUGUAAUUAGGAUUGAAAGGAGGGGGAGGCCAAAGGGUUCGAAAAACAAGCUGAAAAAUGAUGCUAUCGAAACAAGCAAUGGUGUUGUUAGGGUUGAAAGGAGGGGGAGGCCGAAGGGUUCGAAAAAUAAGCCGAAAACCGGCGUUUCGAGCGGGCCGGAGGAAGAAAUGCAGGUCGGAACAUUGGUACGUGUUGUUAAAAUCGAGGGUGGAAUCAAAGACACGGUUAUUGAAGAAGUGAAUGAGAGAGGAAAAGAUGGGAUUAUUGUGGGGAGGCCCAAAGGUUCGAAGAAUAAGAAGAAAAUGGUGGGUGGAGAUAAUGGCAAUCCUGGGCCAAAGGGUUCCAAGAAAGAGAAAGAGAGGGUAAAAGGGACUGAAAAUGGACAAGGCGCAGAGGGCAAUAUCGUCAAAGGUUCUUGUCCUGUUCAGACGGUUGAGCGGCGUGGGAGGCCCAGAAAGAUGGUAUUAGCAGCCAUCGAGUCGAAGAAGAGAAGUGCAAACUUUAAUUCAAAUGGGGAUAUUCGGUUGCACACCGAUGGCCGAAUUAGUUCAAAGGGGUUGAAAGCUUGUAAAAAGGUGGGCAAAUGGCUUAAUGGAUCCGGAAGCACAAAGAAUGUUCAAAUAAUCAAAGAGAAUCUUGAUAAUACUGAGGAAAUUAAUUUUGUGCUGGAUAAUGGUUGUACUUACGGGGCUGUGGUGAAUGGGAGAGAUAAGAGGGAUGAUGGUAAGAAAAAAAGGGUGAAAAAUGAAGUUGGACAUGCUAAGGAGGAUGGGUUUGAUGUUUCUGGUGAAAACAUAGAUGAAAAGGGAAUCCAGAAACUCAAGAAGGAUUCUGUGGAGGUGUUGGCUGAAUAUAGUAACCAGGCUAGAAAUAGGCCUCGAAGGAGGCUGAAAAGGAACGUAGAUGAGUCCGGAGAGAAAGAUUCCACCAAUCAAAAGGAUCAGCGAGGUUUGAUGUGCCACCAAUGCUUGAAGAGUAACAAAGAUAGUAUUGUCAUUUGCUCAAAUUGCAAACGAAAACGCUACUGCUCUAAGUGCAUUAGAAAGUGGUAUCCUAAGAGAACAAAAGAAGAAGUUAAAAAAUCAUGCCCGUUUUGCUGUGGGAACUGUAACUGCAGAGCUUGCCUUCAAGCAGAUGUGAUUUUGCAGAGCUGCCAAAUAGAAGCUGAUGAGAAUAUCAGACUACAAAGAUCUCUUUAUUUGCUUUUCAAUGUUCUUCCUCUACUUAGGAUGAUACAAUCUGAGCAGAAAACUGAGCUAGAUUUUGAGUCCAGAAUGCGAGGUGUUCCGAUAAAUGAAGAAGAUGUGCAAGUGGCUGUUUUUGAGGAAGAUGAUCGGGUAUACUGCGAUUACUGCAAGACAUCAAUCGUCAAUUUCCAUAGAAGCUGUGUCUCGUGUUCCUAUGAUGUCUGUCUCGAUUGUUGUAAUGAACUCAGAACAGGUCUUCAACCAUUUUCAGACAUAAAAAGUUGCUCAAGUGAUACGAACAAUAAAAUUCCAAAAUGGGAAGCUACGAAAAACGGGGGAAUACCUUGUCCUCCCGAAGCGUACGGCGGUUGUGGAACUCACGAUUUGCAAUUAAAGCGCAUUUUAGAUCCUAAUUUGGUCGAAAAAUUAGUUACCACAGCAGAGGAGUUUACUCUGAAUUACCAUCUUCCAGAUAUAGACAUCUCUCGCGAAUGUUCUCUUUGUGUCGAAAAUGACUUUUCCGAAGUGCGACAAGCGGCUCACAGAGAACACGGUGAAGAUAACUUUGUGUACUGCCCUAAUGCUCUUGAUAUGAGAGAUGGCUCGUUCGAACAUUUUCAGAUGCAUUGGAGGAGAGGCGAACCUGUUAUUGUUAGAGACUCGCUUUCGGGGGCUUCUGGUCUUAGUUGGGAGCCGAUGGUCAUGUUGAGGGCUUUUAAGAACGCGAGCAAAAGAUUAAAUGAAGAAACUUUCUCCGUGAAGGCUAUCGAUUGCUUGGAUUGGUGUGAGGUGGAGAUCAAUAUUCGUCAAUUUUUUAAAGGAUAUUUAGAAGGGAGAAAGCAUGAAAAUGGAUGGCCCGAGAUGCUGAAGUUAAAGGACUGGCCGCCUGCAAAUUUAUUCGGAGAAUGUUUGCCAAGACACGAUUCGGAGUUUAUGGCUAUGCUUCCCUUCUGUGAUUACACACAUCCUAAAUCGGGCCUCUUAAAUCUUGCAACAAAGCUCCCUGAUAGUGCCUUGAAGCCUGAUUUGGGGCCUAAAACGUAUAUUGCCUAUGGUUUUCCAGAAGAGCUUGGGAAUGGUGAUUCGGUUGCUAAACUGCACUGUGACAUUUCUGAUGCGGUGAACAUAUUGACCCACGCAACGGAGGUGAAAACAUCGUUAUGGCAGAAAAGAGUGAUUCAGAAGUUGCGGAGUGAAUUUGAAGUUAAACGUACAGAGAACACUCGAAAAGUAGAAUGCCCAUGUGAAGCUGAAGCUGAAUCUGAAUCUGAAGCAAAAGUUAAAGACCAUAGUGAAAGCUCGUCUGGAAUUAGAUAUGGUGCUGCCGUUUGGGACAUCUUCAGACGGCAAGAUGUGCCCAAAAUAAACGAGUAUUUGCUAAAGCAUCAGGAAGAAUUUCGUCAUCACAAUAAUUCUCGAGUAAAUAAUGUUGCGCAUCCUAUCCAUGACCAGGUUUUUUAUUUGGAUGAGAAGCAUAAAAAAAAUUUAAAGGAGGAAUUUCAUGUUGAAGCUUGGACAUUUGAGCAACAUCUUGGUGAGGCUGUGUUCAUUCCUGCUGGUUGUCCACAUCAAGUGAGAAAUAGACAGUCAUGCACUAAAGUUGCUGUGGACUUUGUUUCCCCUGAUAAUAUUCAAGAAUGCAUCCGAUUGACACAAGAGUUCCGGAAGCUUCCUAAUUCUCAUAGAUCGAAACAAGAUAUUCUUGAGGUGAAGAAGUUGGCUGUGUAUGCUGCAUGUGCUGCAACUGAUGAUGCUAGAAACUUCAUGUCCAAAUCAGACACAUCUCACUCACAUUCCAGGGUUUACUCACUUCCAUGGGUUUCUUCAAAAACGGAUCUUGCAGAAAGCUCCGAGUGAAAAAUCCACAUUGUUACACCAUGUAACAUUAAUAAUGAGAAUAUCGAAAGUUACUUCUCCUAAAGCUGAUUUUUUUCUCUCGGGUCUUUUCAUUCGUCAUAGUCAUAUUAGAUACAUUUUUAGACUUAUAUCAGACGGUCUUUAGGGCAUGCUACCCCAUGGCGUCGUGUCCUAGCACACCAAUCCUUAACGAUAUGUGAGUUUCUGCGUGUAUUUUGUAUAAGCAUACAUUUUGAAGGGGUGUUCGGACAUUGCCCCAUGGGG